AUGGGUCAGGGCCCGAGCUGCGGCGAACGCUUUGAAAAUGGCCUGUUCCGAGCUGUGCAGAAUGGGGAUUUGGAGCUCGUUGAUGCUAUGGUAAGGACCGAUCCAACUGUCUUGGAACAGACCACUCCUCGUAUGAAGAUGUCUGCUCUGCACAUCGCAGCUGCUUAUGGUCAGAUCGAGAUUCUUUCUAUGCUCUUAGAACGGAGUGUGAAUCCUGAUGUGUUGAAUUGCAAUAAACAGACCCCAUUAAUGCUGGCUACAAUGAAUGGGAAGAUAUCAUGUGUGCAGAGACUUAUUGAAGCAGGAGCAAACAUUCUGAUGUUUGAUUCUCUAAAUCGACGAACCUGUUUGCAUUAUGCUGCUUAUUAUGGCCACUCAGAUUGCUUAGAAGCUAUAAUUUCUGCUGCUCAUUCAGAUCCAGUAGCAGCCACUUGGGGAUUUCUCAGAUACGUGAACAUUCGAGAUGGAGGUGGUGCUACGCCAUUGCAUAUAGCUGCACGACGUAGACAGCCACGGUGCGCUCAGAUCCUUUUGGCAAAUGGGGCUCUUGUUUGUGCUUUAACUUGUGGUUAUGGCUAUCCGGGGAGUUCGCCUCUUCAUCUGGCUGCUCGGAGUGGUUCUUUAGAAUGUGUUCGGGAAUUGCUUGCGGGGGGAGCAGAAAGAUUACAAGUGGAUGCAGCUGGGAGAAUACCCUACACAGUCGCUAUGAAGCGCAAGAAUCGGGCAUGCGCUGCCUUGCUGAAUCCUUCAGCAGCAGAACCUCUUGUUUGGCCAUCAAAACUGAAGUUCAUCAAUGAGCUAAAUCAAGAAGCAAAAGCUCUGUUAGAGAGGGCCUUGGUGGAAGCAAACAUGGAGAGAGAGAAGGCCAUAUUGCAGCAGAUUUCCUGCUCACCUCCAUCUCCUUUACAAUCUGAUGUUGAGUUGGAUGAUGCAGAAUCCGAGGGAUGCAAUGUCGAGUUAUGCUGCAUAUGCUUUGAACAUGUCUGCACUUUAGAGGUCCAUCCUUGUGGUCAUCAAAUGUGUGCGCCAUGCACCCUAGCUUUAUGCUGUUACAAGAAGCCAAAUAUCUCGAGCAAUAGUCCUACUGCCCCGCUUUGCCCUUUUUGUCGAGGCAGCAUUACGCAACUACUCGUAGCCAAGAUCAAGGUGACUGAUAACGCAGAGUCUGAGAUUAGUUCAUCAAAACAAAGACGAUCGAAAAAGUCGAAUUUCAGUGAGGGGAGCAGUAGCUUCAAGAGCUUAUCUGCUUUGGGGUCAUUAGGGAAGAUUGGUGGCCAAAGUACAGGAAGGUUUCCGGUUGAAUGUGAUGAGGAGGUCGAUAAGAGUUUCUAAGUUGGCAUCUUCAGCUCGGAAUCUUGUUCGAGCUAAGCUGAUUAUCGAGUUGAUAUAAGAAUCUUGGAUAUGGAAGAACAGCAAUGGUCACGUUCACUAAAUCUACAAAAAUCUACUUGAAUGCCUGUGAAGCACGAGACGCUUCGUAGGUGAUCGAAUCUGUCGUCGUCGUUUUCUUCGUAGGUCAUGAAUGCUUGUCUGAGUACUUAUGUUCUUGAGUUCUAAUAAGGCUUUGCUCAUUAUUCAGUCAUAGCCACUUUUGGAAGGUUUAAUCUGAUCAUUUUUCCCUAUUCA